CUCAGCCACGCCAUCUCUCUCUCCCUCUCUUUCUGUUGCGUAUAAAACCGGCCUCGCUCCGCCUUCCGUGACUCGCUCGAUCUCCUCCACCUCGGCGAGUCUCUCCGGCGCUCCGUCGUCCGUUCCAGCGGCAAACGAACUCGAACUCGGCUCGGCUCGGCUCGGCCUGCGUCCCCUGCCUCCGGAGGAACUUCCCGAUCAUGGCGAGGAUCGGCGUCGCCAUGGAAGUCGGCGGUGACGGCGUCGCGGUCGUCACCAUGUCCAAUCCUCCCGUCAACGCCUUGGCCAUCCCAAUUCUGUCCGGAUUGAAGGAGAAGUUCGACGAGGCUAUGCGCAGGAAUGAUGUGAAGGCUAUUGUCUUGACCGGCAACGGCGGGAGGUUUUCCGGUGGUUUUGAUAUCAAUGUCUUUGAGAAGAUUCAUAAGACUGGUGAUAUUUCGAUUCUUCCGGACGUGUCCGUCGAGCUCGUGGUCAACAGAAUGGAAGAUGCCAAGAAGCCUAUCGUUGCUGCUGUCGAAGGACUUGCUCUCGGAGGUGGCUUAGAAUUGGCGCUGGGAUGCCAUGCACGUAUAGCGGCGCCAAGGACACAACUCGCUCUACCAGAGCUUUCACUUGGAGUAAUUCCUGGAUUCGGAGGAACACAACGUCUUCCGAGGCUUUUAGGACUGGCCAAGGCUAUUGAAAUGAUGCGGUCAUCCAAACCAAUUAUGUCAGAAGAGGGGAAGGAACUAGGUCUCAUAGAUGCCAUCGUUCCUUCAGGAGAAUUGCUGAAAGCAUCUCGUCUCUGGGCUCUGGACAUUGCAAAUAGGUGUAAACCAUGGGUUCGUUCACUUCAUCGCACAGAUAAGCUCCCUUCCCUGUCUGAAGCACGCAAUAUACUGAAAAUUGCACGAGAAAAAGCGAGGAAGACUGCUCUUCACUUGCCUCAGCAUCAGGCAUGCCUUGAUGUGAUCGAAGAUGGCAUCGUUCAUGGUGGAUAUAGUGGGGUUCUAAAGGAGGCUAAAGUAUUUAAGGAGUUGGUCUUAUCGGAAACUUCAAAGGGUCUUAUUCAUGUAUUUUUUGCCCAGCGUGCAACAUCAAAGGUGCCUAAUGUCACUGAUGUUGGAUUAAAACCAAGGAAGGUGAAAAAGGUUGCUGUGAUAGGUGGAGGUCUAAUGGGUUCUGGCAUUGCUACCGCUCUUAUUGUGAACAACAUAUACGUUGUUCUUAAGGAAAUCAACUCUGAGUAUCUUCUAAAGGGGGUAAAAAUGGUUGAGGCUAAUGUUCGAGGCCUGGUAGUGAAAGGGAAACUGACACAGGGAAAUGCGGAAAAGGCUUUGUCAAUGCUCAAAGGUGCUCUGGAUUAUGCAGAUUUUAAAGAUGUGGACAUGGUGAUAGAGGCUGUGAUCGAGAACAUUUCAUUAAAACAAGCAAUUUUUAGUGAAAUCGAGAAGAUAUGUCCUCCCCAUUGCAUACUAGCUACAAAUACUUCUUCAAUUGAUCUUAAUAAAAUUGGAGAAAGAACCAGCUCUCAAGAUCGUAUAGUGGGUGCUCAUUUUUUCAGUCCAGCUCAUAUAAUGUCCCUAUUGGAGAUUGUACGCACAGAGAGGACUUCUGCACAAGUGAUUCUUGAUCUUGUAACAGUUGGGAAAAUCAUAAAGAAGGUUCCAGUUGUGGUGGGCAAUUGUGCUGGGUUUGCAGUAAACCGGGCAUUCUUCCCAUAUUCCCAAGGUGCACAUCUAUUGGUCAGUCUAGGUGUGGACCCCUUCAGGAUUGACAGGGCAAUUGUCAACUUCGGCUUCCCUCUUGGUCCUUUCCAGCUUCAGGAUGUAGCAGGAUAUGGUGUGGGCAUGGCAGUUGGGAAAGUAUUUGCUGAUGCUUUUGCAGGCCGGACAUAUGGGUCUCCUUUGCUUGAACUUUUGAUCAGAAGUGGGCGAAAUGGUAAGAACAAUGGAAAGGGAUAUUAUAUCUAUGAAAAGGGGUGCAAACCAGUACCUGACCCAUCUGUGCAACCUAUUAUUGAGGAGUCUAGAAGGAUUGCCAAUAUCAUGCCCGGUGGAAAGCCUCUCUCUGUGUCUGAAAAAGAAAUUGUGGAGAUGCUAUUAUUUCCUGUGGUGAAUGAGGCAUGUCGUGUUUUGGAUGAAGAAGUGGUAAUACGAGCAUCAGACCUUGACAUUGCCUCAGUCCUUGGGAUGAGUUUCCCAUCAUUCCGUGGUGGUCUUGUCUUUUGGGGCGAUCUGGUCGGACCAAAUCACAUAUACAAAAGUCUCAAGAAGUGGUCAGAAUUAUAUGGUAACUUCUACCGACCAUCAAGGUUUUUGGAAGAAAGAGCCACCAAAUGCAUCCCACUGAGUGCGCCUGUGUCAUCCUCUUCACGUUCAAAGUCACGACUCUAGGAGUUUUCCUUUUCAUCGGCUGCACCAAUCAAAGAAUAAAUGUUUCUCAUUUGCUUCUUGUAAUUCAAUAUGGAGGCUUGAAAGCAAUAAGGAGUUUGCUUGCCGAAUAUAAGCUAUGCCACAAGCAUUUUCAAGCUUCCAUCUGCUAGUUUAUGUAGUAAAAUGCAUCACUUGUAGAGAUGCAACCAGUGACGAUGUGGACUUAUCUUUUUCAAUCAAUUAGGCAAUGCUAAAUGUAAGCCAUUUCACGGCAUCUACUGCCUGUUAGUAAUUGUCAGUGCUGCCAUUCGAAAGGAAUGUUAAAAAGUGUGUUAAGUAUCGAGUGUUGAAGGUGAAGGUAAACAUCUAUCUGUAAGCAGGAUGUUUUACUAUUUUGACUUCAGCGAAUCGAAAGCAAAGGAUUGAUGAACUAUACGAGCAUUUAGUAAUUUGGAGUU